AAGAAGAGAGGAGAGUGAGAAAGAAGAAGGGAGAAAGAGAGUGAUAAAGAUGGAGUAAAAGAAAAAGAGAGAGUGAGUGAGAAAGAGGAAGAAUUAUUAGUGAUGGACAUAAGAUGAAAAAAGAGAGGCAAGGAAGUGAGAGUAGCAGUAGUAGUAGAAGCAGCAGUAGCAGAAGCGUCGGCGGCAGCAGCGGCAUAGGACGUGUGACCCAAUUUUUGCAAAGAGUUGAAGCCGCUGGCGGGGCACCCCACGGAAAAUCCAGCGCUUUUCCGGAUGCUACGUCACUGUGCAUGGCGCGGCGUCGCGUGAGAAUCGUUCCGUCAGUCGGGUCUCGGCUACCGUCAAUACGACGGCGCUAUCCUCGUUUAACUGUGGGGUUAUGCGUGGCGUGCCGCCUCACAACAUUUCCUUCUUUUUUUUUACACCGCACUGUUUUCCUUUUCACGUCCAAUUGCCAAGUGUGUGCCGCUUACACGACUGAGAAAAGCGUGAGACGUAUUUACCUGCGUCAGCCAUUGAACCCACGAAUCGGGUCACCCGGUUUUGUGCCGCUCGUGCGUUUCCUGUGUGUGAACUUUGACCCUGAACUCAGGGGUACAUCACCUUGUGAGCAUUUUCGGAGUUUUCGUGUUCUGGACAAAAUGUAAUAAUUAUUACUAAACAAAAAUUUAUUUUCCUAUAGGGAAACUUUCUACAAAUAAGUGUGGAAAAAAGAACUUUAAAGACUUUCUAGUUUGACAAUCACUUUUGCCUUUCCUAUGAAUCUAUUUAUUAUUGACUGAUUAGAAAAAUUUAGAACUCUAAUAUUUAAAACUAAACCUAUGGAAAGAACACUCUAAAAUUAACAGUAAAAUUAAUAAAAUUAAAACAAAAUUAAUUAUAAAAUAUAAAAUAAAGGAAAACAAAAGAAAAGAAUAGAAAACAAUAGAAACAAAAUCCAUAAAAUAUAAUAAACAAAGUAGUAAAAGAAAAAAUCUUUAUAUCUCAUUAAAUAUGAUAAAAUUCUAGGGAAAAUAAAAAAGGUGCUUUCAAGGAACAAUUAAAAAUAAAAUUUUUUUUCUGGUGAAUAAAAACGGAAGAAAGUUCUUGUCGAAAAAAUAGCGUGUUUCAAUCAGAAGAAAGUUCGAUGUUUAUAUAAUGAAUAAUUUAAUCUUGCGGUAAUAUAGCCAAACUGAAAAAAAUUGAAAGAACAUAUUUACCCUCCCGUAUAUGCAUUGAACAAAGAUAAAACAAUAUUUAAAAAACCGGAAAGUUCGUUUUUCUCCAGCCAAAAAUAAAACAAAACAAAAAGUUAUAAAGCUUUGUUUCCGAAUAAAAAAAAAUGUCCAUUGUUGUUUGGGUCAACGUAUAAUUGCUCGAGCAUUUCCCACAUCAUGUACUUUUUUCCAUAUUGAAAAUAUUCUCGAAAUUCCCAAACUAUUGAAAUUCGUAACAAAAAAAAAAAAAACAUUUUUAUUUCAUUCUUUCGUAAAAUUAAAUCCCUGAAAAUUUGUAUUAAAUAAAUAUGUUUCUAUGUAGAAAUUUUCUCCUUUUACAAAAGAAACUGCAGGAAAGGAAAAAUUAAUAUAAAAGUCUGGAGGCGUUAUAUUUAAAAUAUAUCCAAAAAUUAUAAUUCUAUAGUGAACCUCGAGAACUCUCUUUCUCUAUAUACGAAGUCGAGAGAAUAGAAUUUAAAAUCCAUAGCGUAGGAACUAUAUUUUACAACAAUUGAAUUUUUCAAAACUUAUGACUACUUCUAAUGCUAUUGUCUAUUCCAAAUGUUCGAUAUCAGUGCAAUAAAAUAAUUUCCGUAGAUUGUGAAUGUGACAAGUGUUAAAAAUUUGAGAAUAUUUAAGGGAAAUAUUAAAAAAUAUUUGCAUAAAAAUAUAGACAUAGGAGUAUAAAUAAAAAUUUGCAUAAAAAGGCAAACAGAAACUUGCUUAAAACAUAAACAAAGAUUUAAGUCAGAAGAUAAACAAAGAUUUGCGUCAGAAGAUAAGCAAAGAUUUGCAUCAAAAUAUAAACAAAGAUUUGCAUAAGAAGAUAAACAAAUAUUUGCAUUAAAAUGCAAACAAACAUUUGCAUAAAAAGGUAAACAAACAUUUGCGUUAAAAGAUAAACAAAGAUUUGAAUCAAAACAUAAAGAAACAUUUGCAUAAAAUGCUAAAUAAAGAUUUGCAUAAAAGUAGAAACAAUACAUAAAAGUAUGAACCAUACAUAAAAGUUUAAACCAAAAAGAAAAGUAUAAACAGCAAACAAAAGUAUGAAUAAAAAGUAAAAGCAGAAAAAAACAAGAGAUCAAAAUGAGAAAUACAAAAAGUAUUUUCUGAUACUUCUGAUACAAUAAAAAUAAUGGAUUUUGCCAUCGGAAAAAGUCUCCUUAUUGUGGAGGAGACUAAAAGUAAAUGCAGAAUUCUCCAUAGGCGAGAGAAAAAAUUUUAUAAGAAGAAAGUAUAGAACAAAAUAUGAGAGGUAAAUAGCUCGAGAGUGCAGUGGCUAACCAAUGAAGAGAAUGGAACUUGCCGAUAAAUGCAAUAUCGAUCGAUAAGAAGGUGUUUCGAAUUUCUUUUUCAUCAUACUUUGAGGAAGUACGAAUCCAGCUACUCUGAAACAAAAAAAACAACGUACUUCCUCAAAACAUUACUUCUAAUAAGAAGAGUGAUGAUGUAAAUCCAGGUCAGAUUCAAAAUUAUCCGAAAAAGAACAAAGCCCCCCCCCAAAAAAAAUACAAGACUAUGUCAGAUACUUUAAAAAUACCCGAAAAAUUGUAAAUCUAAGAAGUAAUUGUCUAAGAAGGAGGAGAAGAAUAAAAAAUAAAAAUGUGAGGGAGAAACUUUAUUGUGAACAUUAUUGUAGAGACCUAUUUAGAAUAUUGAGAGAGUCGAGUGAUAACGGAGUGAAAAAUACGAAGACGAUUAUACAACAUGUCGGAAGAAGGAAACAAACGGUGAAUUUUAGUGAGAAACACCUUUUUUAAGGGGUGUGUGUGUUUUUUCGUUUUUUUGUGAUAAAAAAGUGUUUUUCUUUUGUGGUGCCUGGUGUUGACGGCCCUGGAUGUUUCGACGCUGAGGGGUGCUAGGGUGUCGAAGUGGGGGGCGCGUG